GGUCAGGCUACUUCCUGAUUCUAGAGUUCAUUUACGCCUGUUUACGCUUGUUUACACGACGAUUGUAACGCACUUUUUCUGUCGUCAAUCUGAUUACGACGUGUAAAGGAAACGGAUGACAUGUAUCGCCCAGGUGUGAAAAUUCAUGAUGCAUCGGGGCAUUUCCGGGAGUUGUGACGAGCGGGCAUGGGGACAGGAAGCGAGAAGUGUGUCAAUUGACAGGAAUUACAUAUAUGAUUUGUCAUCAAGUUCGCACAACAACGACAGGUUACCGCGUUUCUUGAGGUGUGCCGCGUGUCGAUUUAGAGUAAGGUUUUAAUCAACUACAUCGAAAUCUCAUCAUGACGUUGCGACUGGUGCGGGAGAAGCAUGUCAAAUACUUCCUAAGGUUACUACACAUCAUGCCUAGCAACCUGACGGAUUUCGACUCUACCAGACCGAUGAUAGCGUACUUUGCAUUCUCCGGUCUGGAUCUGCUGAACUCACUGGAUGAGAUCGGCGAGCAGGCCAAGUCUGAGGCGAUCGACUGGAUUUAUGGACUUCAGGUCGAAGGAGCCGGCCCGCGUUCUGGCUUUCAGUCAUCCACAACGAUACCGAAGGAUGUACCCGAGUAUCAGUAUGGUCAUUUAGCAAUGACUUACACUAGUUUGGUAACUCUCUUGAUUCUUGAUGACGAUCUUAGUAGAGUUGAUAGACAAUCCAUCAUCGAGGGAGUCCGAGCCUGUCAGAAUCCCGACGGAUCUUUCACAGCCAUGGUUAUGGGAUGUGAGAGCGACAUGAGAUUCCUCUAUUGUGCCUCUUGUGUUUCUGCAAUUUUAGAUGAUUGGUCAGGUGUGGAUAUCCCAAGGGCUAUUGACUAUAUUUUACGAAGCAUUUCAUAUGACGGCGGUAUUGGGCAAGGACCAGGUCUUGAAUCUCAUGGAGGUUCCACGUUCUGUGCCGUAGCGAGUUUGUUUCUGAUGAGAGAACAUAUUAACAUAUUGGAAGUAUUGACACGGGAUCGUUUAGCUCGGUUAAAGCGUUGGUGCCUUAUGAGACAGGAUGGUGGAUUUAACGGAAGACCUGGAAAACCGUCCGACACGUGUUAUAGUUUCUGGAUUGGUGCUACGCUCGAGCUGCUGGAGUUUCUUAAUUUUUCAGACGCUGAACAAAACAAAACGUUUAUCCUUAAUACUCAAGACACUCUCGUUGGAGGAUUGGCCAAAUUUGACAAUACUCGGCCAGAUCCUUUACAUACAUAUUUAGGUUUGUGUGGCUUAAGUCUUUUGAGACAACCUGGUUUGUGUUCGAUAAACCCUGAACUUAAUAUUUCUCAACGAGCUUACGAGCAUUUACAACGGAUUCAUAAAAAAUGGCGGAGUGAAUGACUUCGGUGCAUAAACAUUCGAGGGACUAGUAAUCAUAUCAGAAACGCACAGUACUUAUUAUGUCAGAUCGGACAUUCCAUCACAUUCGAUCAUAACUCUUGUUCGCAUUUCAUCACAUUCUCUGUGCUAAAAUUCGCAUUCUAAAGAUGUCAAUUAAUACUGCAACAAUAAUCACCACAUGGACAGGAUAUUUCGUUUUGUAUAUUAUU